AUGGACCCAGCCUUCGCCGGACUUCCACCCGACGACGACAAAGGCGUCGGCCUCGUGGUGACGGCAUGGGCUCUAGGUGCUGCCGGCACCAUACUGCUGUCUAUGCGCAUGUACACCCGCGCCUUCAUUGUCAGGAAGAUUGGUCGGGAUGACUGGACUAUGGUCCUAUCUGUGAUCUUGGCUCUGAUCACCAAUAUCGUCGUCACUCUAAUGGUUCACUAUGGUGUUGGCCGUCAUACGGUCUUUCUCACUGAGGAGCAGCGAGUCAGAGCCGUCUUCUACAUCUGGCUCUCGGUGCCCUUCUCACCCGGUAGCGCUGCCGUGGGGAAGAUAUCCAUCGCCUUUCUCCUCAUGCGUCUCAUGAAUCGCGAUCGUCGGCGCGAGGCUUUCCUCUGGACCCUCAUUGCCCUUCUCAUUAUCGUCAAUAUGCUCCUUAUCAUUAUCACCUUUGCCGAAUGCCGUCCCGUCACCUUUCUCUGGGAUCGAGUCGGUACAGUUGCCCAUGGGACUUGCUGGUCGCCUACUGUGCAGCAAGACUACGGUUACUUCCAAGGAGCAUUCUCGGCUUUCAGUGACUUGGUAUUGGCCUUGUUCCCGAUCACGAUCCUCUGGAACCUUCAAUUACCAUUCCGUUCCAAGCUUGUCAUCGGGUUUUUGAUGUCUUUAGGUGUUGUUGCAACGGUAGCGGCUGCCGUUAAGACAGUAGAGCUCAACAACCUGGCAACCAUGGAUUUCACCUGGGAUGCGGUGGAGCUCGUCUAUUGGUUCCUGGCAGAGAACUGGAUCAUCAUCAUCUGCGCAUGCGUGCCGACCAUCAAGCCCCUGAUCGUGACCAACUGGGAGAACUUCACACGCGUCGCCUCCUACGUCUUUGGCAAGAGCUUGGCGUCGACAAUCGACACUAAGGACGACCAACCCAGUCAGUUCACCGGCAACUCGAACCAGCAGUACUCCUAUAGCCUUGAGUCUUACCAGCCCCUCCGCGGGACUUCUAGAGGGACUGAUCGCGACUCUCUCCGUCUGCUGCAACACGGACAGCAAGAUCGCGACGCAGGUCAGCAUGGAUCUAAUCCGGCGGUCCCUGGGAUCAUGAAGACGACAGAGAUCAGUGUCGUCUGA